AUGUUUAUGAAGGGUCGUAGAGACCUUGGACAGAAUAAAAAAAACCGCAGUGCUUUACUGUUGCUAUUACAUUCUGGAGCAAAUAUAAAUCAAGCCAACAUUGACCAGAACACCCCACUACACAUGGCUGUCAAUAAUGGCCAUCUCAAUUGUGUCAAGGCACUUAUAUACUUUGCUGAGCACAGCCGGAGGAAGAUUAGAAUAAAUUGUGUGAAUGAGAGUGGCAAUACGCCUCUUCAUCUAGCCUCUAAGUGGGGCUAUGAAGGCAUAGCUAAAUUACUCAUAGAAAAUGGAGCUGAACCAUCUCUGCAGAAUCGAAGUAAUAAAACAGCUUUUGAUUAUGCACAUAAUUUAAAGAUUUUACAAGUCCUCAAAUCUUGUACGCCUAAUUUGUAUGAGUACAUUCAUAUAACUAGUUCUAACGUAAAGACAUUGAACUGUAAAACUGAUAAUCCUGCUUCACUUCAUCUGCAGAAAAUGAGUAUGAAAUUAAAUGACACUAAUAACCAAGUGUCAAAAGCUGUAGAAAACUUAAAAUUAAUUGAUAGAAUUUUAAAAGCUAUAUCUUAUGGUGAUGUGAAACUUGCCUGUUUUUAUAUGAAUAUAAAUUACUCUGCCUAUCUAGAGAUUAAGGAUAAACCUGAGGCUUUAAAACUAUCAGCCACUAGCCAAUGCCACCCUCUGUGCGAAUGUCAGGUUUGUAAAAAAACAAAACAAUGUUCAUCAGACUUUGACAUUAAUUUUUCAGACACACAUGGUUUCACCGCCUUGCACUAUUCGGCUCGAUAUGGUUUAGACGAAAUGUGUAAGAUUCUGAUACUCAAUAAAGCCAAUAUAAACUGUGUUAAUAAAAAGGGUCAGACUCCACUUCAUUUAGCAGCUUUGAAUAACAAAACUUAUGUAAUUCGGUUACUUUUAGAAAGCGGCGCGAAUAUAAAUGCGAUCGAUUUGGCAGGAAACACGCCAUUACAUGACGUCAGUGCUAUGGGUAACAUAGGUGCAGCUAAAAUACUUAUGAAUUACAACCCUGAUCUAACAAUGCUCAAUGGAGCGGAUAAAACUGCUCUGACCCUUGCUAAAGAAAAAGUUCACUUAACCAUCAUAGAUUUAAUUGAUAAAUAUACGAAUAGAUUGGAAUAAAUGUAUUGAUAAGGAUCUGUAUAGAUAAGAGCUAUUUUCGAAUAUAAAUGUUCUUAGAACAUUUAGAAUGUAAGGACACAAUAUGUAUUUUUGUAGCUUUAACUUUUUAGUAUGGAUAUUGAUCGCGUUUGAUAACAUUCCACAAUGUGUUUUAUUUGUAAUAGAUUAUUCUUUUAUCGAUAUUAUUUUCUGAUAGAUUUGUAACAAUCGUACAACUCAUACAUAUUUUAUAUACUAAAAUGUACAAGCUUUUAGCAUUUAGAUUUCUCGGCCAUAUUCAACUGUGUAUAAAUACUUUUUAAGUGGGUAUUGUCUGAAGGUCACUAAACCUGCUGUGUUCGUAAUAUUUUGCCAUUUGCACAAAUACGGUCUCAACUUAAAUGUCUGUGCCAUUAUGUACUCUACUUAACCCACAGUAACACAGGAUACUUCUAAGACUGAUAUUAACAAUAGUAUUUUUAAGUUUUACUAAAAAUCAUUGUUACUUUAUUUUUAAGUUUUGACUGACAAUAAUACAUAGCGAAGCCUUUAUUUUUCUGUCAACCUGUAGAAAUAAAAGAGCAUCUCACAAUAAAA